UUAGUACUCAAAAUUAAUUGAGUUUUAUUCUAUAUGUAUAGAUUAUUAGGACAUUCAUCCUAGUAAUAUAUAGUUUCCUUUUUUCAUAGUAUCGUUAUUAAUGGUUCUCAUUGCGGCUGGAAUGCAGAGAACCUGUAAGACUUUACGUAGGACAGCAAAACCCAUCCAUCGAGACAGAGCAACGGAGAAUUAAUAAACUGAUUCUCUAAGCUAGCCCUCGUCAAGUAGUCUGUUGUCGUCUGGCAGUUUGGUUAAAAUACCAUAAAAGGACCAAAGGUCACAAGAGGGGUCAUGGCGGAUAACAACACACAGUUCUGUGGCAAUUGCAAGCAUGACAUCCCAGAGGCCAAUUUUACCACCCAUGAGAUCCACUGUAAGAGAAACAUUGCUCUCUGUGAGGUGUGCCAGGAGCCAGUUCCCCACUCAGAGCUGCAGGAGCACAACAUCCAAGAGCAUACACAGAUUACAUGCAAGUGUGGACUGAAGAUUGAGAAGAAUCAAAGUGAAGUUCAUCAGAGCUCCGAGUGCUCCCAGCGGCUGAUCGCGUGCCCGUACUGCGAGCUGGAGCUCGUUUUCAGCCAGUCCAAAGAGCACGAGGAUUACUGCGGGGCCCGCACCGAACCUUGCCCAAACUGCAGCUGCAACGUAAUGCUGCGUGAAAAAGCUGUGCAUCCAGUCUUAUGUGGGAGCCUCACACCACCCCAAGAGAGGAACAACAACAGAAUGGGCUGCGGACAGGCGGAGAACCGGUUUUCAGACGACUGGUUCGAGGCGCACUCCAUCAGAAACAUGUUAAGGGGCCAGGAUGGAGCCCCUAAGAAUAAUAACAUCAGCGCCGGGGAACAUCACCGCGUUCGUCGGCCGUUUGAGACGUCAGCUUACAGCAGCUCGAGUGGGGAAAACGAAACGGGCAGCUGGAAGAGUUCAGCUUCUCAUGGUACAACGUCUAACCUCUUUCGGGGACAAGGAGAUUUCCUUCACGGCGGCGGCAGCAGCAGCGGCGGCGAGCGCACUGUCGACGAGGAGUCGUCAGGCCUCGACUAUGACUACAUGCUGGCCCUCAGCCUCCAGAGCGAUGGAGAAUCCUCAGCUGGAGGUGGAGAGGACAGCGUGUGGAAGAACAUCUGGGACCCCGAGGAGAAGAAGUCAAACUCAUCCGUGAAUUAUUCGUUUCCUAUGGCCCACAGUAAAAACACAGACUCACCUGAAGGGACGAGUUCUGUCCAGGCCACCCGCCGAACAGAUACUAUGCUGCCUUGUGAGUUUUGUGAGGAGCUGUUUUCAGAAGAGGACCUUAUUCUGCAUGAGACUGGAUGCAGUCCCGCCUCUGCAUUCGCAUCUUUUAGCAAGAAGCCCUCUUCACCCCCUAAAGAUGACAGGAUGGCCAGGAAUGCUUCAGCGGGGCAUAACAAGAACUAUUCAGACACGCUCGCGUCCAACAUUCCCACCUUCCCCCGAUCAGGCUCCCCCGCCUCCUACAGCCCUCCUGCCAGUCCACUAGAGGGCGACGUAGUCAUUCCAUGUGAAUUCUGUGGCGUGGCUCUGGAGGAAGCUGUUGUCUUUCACCAUCAGGAUAAGUGUGACAUGCGGACCGAGAGUGGCCAACAGCUGAACAACCGAGCAAAACCAUCCACCCAGAAUCCUCUGAGCCUUGCUAAAGAUGCCUACGGAGAGAUGUCUUCAGAUUUUCAGAGGAGAAUAAAGAAACGAGACUUUUGGGACACAACGCCUGGGCAAACCGGCGAAGGACGUGAAAAGACGACGUCCAGCCGCGAGGAAGCGGAGGGCGCUCACUUCUUUCAAUGCGACUCUGGCGAGCUCGGCUCUGCGUCAUUAACGGGAUUCGAUGUGCCAGAGAGCAACGAAGAGAGCGAGAACAGAACAAAGGUAUGUUUCACUUCCCCGCAGCCACACGCUGCUGAUUCUUGUGCUUGACAGCUGGCACAGCUCACUGUAACUGAGGGGUGUAUGGUGAGUCUUUUAUCGAGUUAAAUGAGUUAAAGCUUUUAAAGUUAGGAGAAAUAUAAACAAUAUUUAAACCGACCCGGUUCUUUUUUUUUAACGUUUUCUGUCACAGCUCAUUAGGUAGCGCCAUCAUAUUUGGUGCCUCCUUAUCUUGACAAUCACAAACAAGCUUUGACUUGAUUUUGAAUAAUGAAGGCGAUAAAUUGUUUGCCAUUUUAACAGCUGAAUCUUUUAUGAGUUUACAAUCUUAGCUAUCUUAGCUAGUUAUGUUAUUUAUUUAUGCCUUUAAAACUGAACAGCGUUUCAUAAUGGUGAAGGAAUGGCACAGAAAGAGACCAGAGAGGUGGAGCUCCAUAUAUGGAGGCGUUUCUAAUGUUAAAUGUACUCAGAGUAAAGCUGAAUUGGCUCCUAACGCUUUUUCCUUGGGAGUUAAAUCAGUCUGUGGUAAACUGUUCCACCAUUGAACUCUUAAUAGUGACAAAUGUUUUUCCUCCCGCUACACGAGGUAAAGUGCCAGCUUAAAAAAACAAAAUUUUUUUCCAACCUGUUGCUUUCUUUUAAAAGCCUCCCUGGCAUAUAUUUUACUGUUUUAUUUCUCUGACAAUGAGUCGGGCGGGAGGGUCAGGAAGCUCCUUCUCACUCCACACGUCUUCUGCAUCAUUGAGGCCGCGAACGCAAAGGUCCCGAGUCAUCGCUGAGUCACAUCAUGAAGCCACUUUCCACAUUUAAUGGCUGUUCAUGUUUGCUGAAGCAAUUUCAGACUCUGAGUAAUUUAGAGCAUUACUCAGUACAGUACAUACAGACAUAUUCACUGUAUGAUAAGUUGAGUAAAAACCCCACAGUUUGACAGUUUCAUGUUAUUUGCUCCAAAAUACAUACAUUAUCUAAAUAUAGGAAUAAUGUGCAUAUCAUUAUCUAAUUCCUUUUAGUAUAAAACAAAAAAAGCAACAAAUAUUCUUCCUAUCAUUGCAACAACAAUCUAACAAAUUGAUUAUUGCUACUAUAAUAAAAUGAUUGAAAAUAUAAAGUGAGCCUCUUCCUAAUAAGGCGUGGGGUUUUGUGUAGAUAACCUUAUCGUGCAGAAUAUUGCACCUUUUCACCUUGGUUUCAAAACACCAGGAUGGUUGGUGUUCGAUGGUUAGUCACACUAUGACUAUUCAUGUUUUUCACAACCGUAACAUUUCUAAACUGCUCAAUCUUUUAUUUUUUCAAGAAAGCUUCCUUUUCUGCUAUUCUUUUGUCCCUCAGACACAAAAAAUGCUCUUUUAAGCGUUGCCAGAGAAAUAUGUAUUAACAUAUUCCGUGCUUUUGUCCUUUUUUUGGGGUUUAUUUUUUUUCCCAUUUAUGUUCCAC